ACCGAGGCGGCUGCCUGCGGCGACACGUAGCAGCGGGCGACCGCUUGGCUGGUGCCACGCAAGUCCAACGGCUGCGUCAGGAAUUUAAUAAUGAUGUAUGGUCCUCCCUCCCAACGAACGUGAUGGAGCAGUGAUUAAAAAAAAAGAAAGGAAAAACGAUGGAUCAGUAAAAGGUAAAAGUCAUAUGGAGUAGUAUACUAUUUGGGCAUUCGCGGGUUGGUUCAAGUGGGCAUGUGCGUUGUUUGCACCCUGGUAGUGGAGGCGGAGCCGGAACCGGACCGUUGGAGCCUCGGAGUUGGGGAGGCUCAAGUGGCGAAUGCUGUGCCUCUUCAGAACAUUUCUUUCUUUUUUAGUCGUCUUCAGAACAAUCCUACUACUGGGCAGGAAGGAUCUGACCGUUGUUAGGCUAGCGGGCUAACUUUUAGAGGUCCAACAACGAAUAGAAAGGAUGAUUGGGCCAGCCUUAUUUAAGGACUAAAUUAAGGCCUUAGCCCAAUGAAUAAAGAACUGGUUUCUCUCUUUUGGGCCAGGCAACUCUCACGCCAUUUGAUCGAUGCAGAGGCCCGGUAGUUCAGCAUACAGUACACGCAAAGGUUCUGAACUGCCGUCUUUCUGAUGGCCGCCGCCGCAUGGCUCGGAGACCAUCUUUGCAGUGCAUCCUGACAACCUACUUGGCAUCUACUCCUCAUCCGAUCCACCCACAGCAUCCUGCAUAUACCACAAAGUCACCACAUUAUUCCAUCGUCACCGGCGCUGAAGAUAUUGCCCCGUCACCAUGUCGGCCGGCCACAUGCUGAUCCUUGCCGCCAUUGUUCUUGGCUCCUCGUGCAUCACCGCCACUGCCUCUCGGGAAGCGCAACGGCACAACUUGCGGUUCGUGCGGCACGCGCGGGACGCGCCGCUGGUGUCCUACUACAACUACAUCGUCGUGGGCGGCGGCACGGCGGGGUGCCCGCUGGCCGCCACGCUCUCGGAGCACGCGCGCGUGCUCCUCCUGGAGCGCGGCGGCCUGCCCUACGGCAACCGCAACGUCUCCAGCGAGUACCACUUCGCCGACGCGCUGGCCGACACGUCCCCGCUGUCCCCCGCGCAGCGCUUCGUCUCCGAGGACGGCGUCGUCAACGCCCGCGCGCGCGUGCUCGGCGGCGGGAGCUGCCUCAACGCCGGCUUCUACACCCGCGCCAGCAGCGCCUACGUGCGCGCCUCCGGCUGGGACCACCGCCUCGUCAACGCGUCCUACCGCUGGGUGGAGCGCGCGCUCGUGUUCCGCCCCGGCGUGCCGCGCUGGCAGGGCGCGCUGCGCGAGGGCCUCCUCGAGGCCGGCAUCACGCCGGACAACGGCUACACGCUCGAGCACGUCCCCGGCACCAAGAUUGGCGGCACCAUCUUCGACCGGAGGGGCCGCCGCCACACCGCCGCCGACUUGCUCCGGAGAGCCCACCCGCGGCGGCUCACCGUCUUCCUGCACGCAACCGUCUCAAGGAUCCUCUUCAGGCGUGGUGGUGCAGUGCCUGCAGCAGCACAGGGGGCGAAACAACCUGUGGCGUCCGGGGUGGUGUUCACGGACCCGCUGGGCGUGCAGCACCACGUGUACCUGCGGCGAGGAGGCUCGGUGAUCCUGGCGGCGGGGACGCUGGGGAGCCCGCAGCUGCUGAUGCUGAGCGGCAUCGGGCCGCGCCUGCACCUGGAGAAGCACGGCAUCCGCACCGUCCACGACCAGCCGGGGGUCGGGCAGGGCGUGGCCGACAACCCCAUGAACUCGGUGUUCGUCCCGUCCCCGAUCCCCGUCGCGCUCUCCCUGGUCCAGGUCGUCGGCGUCACCCGCUUCGGCAGCUUCAUCGAGGGCGUCAGCGGCUCGCAGUUCGGCAUCCCGCUCCACGGCCGCGGCCACGGGCGCGGCGCCGCCCGCAACUUCGGCAUGUUCUCGCCCAUGACGGGGCAGCUUGGCACGGUGCCUCCGAGGGAGCGGACGCCGGAGGCCAUGCGUCGCGCGGCGGAGGUGAUGCGGCGGCUGGACCGGCGCGCGUUCCGCGGCGGCUUCAUCCUGGAGAAGAUCCUGGGCCCGCUGUCGACGGGGCACAUCGAGCUUCGGUCGACGGACCCGCACGCGAACCCGGCGGUGACCUUCAACUACUUCCGGGACCCGCGCGACGUGGAGCGGUGCGCGCGGGGCAUCGAGGCCAUGGAGCGGGUGGUGCGGUCGCGGGCCUUCUCCCGCUUCACCUACGCCAACCACACCGCCAUGGACGCCGCCUUCCGCCGCGCCGCCGGGACGGCCUACUUCCCGGUGAACCUGCUGCCCCGGCACCCCGGGGACACGCGCCCGCUGCAGCAGUACUGCAGGGACACGGUGAUGACCAUCUGGCACUACCACGGCGGAUGCCACGUCGGCGGCGUCGUCGACCGGGACUACCGGGUCAUGGGCGUCCAGGGGCUGCGCGUCAUCGACAGCUCCACCUUCAAGUACUCGCCGGGCACCAACCCGCAGGCAACCGUCAUGAUGCUUGGCAGGUACAUGGGGCUGAAAAUCCUGAGGGAGCGAUUGAUCAGGAAGGGAGCUGAGGACAAGCAUUAGCUAGUUAGUUAGUUCUUCCCGAGAUUGUUUUUGUAUAAUCAUCAGUACUAGUACUAGGCAUUACAUUUGUUUAAAACAGAAAGAUUCGUUCAUUCGGUAGGCCGCGAUGGGAGCGUGAGGACUGGGAGCUUGAGCGCAGUCCCAAUGCAAACUCCAUUUGUAGAGUCUUAAGUCUCAAAGACUCCAUCAAAAAACUAUACUUCUCAAUGUGAAGUGUGUAAUAGUAGUUUCUAUAUAUAAAAUUAUUUAUUAUUUUUCUUCUAUC